UACGUCUGAACGGCUGUUGAGAUAACGUGAAUAAGUCUGAUUGUGACAGUGUUUAAUUACCCUGGGAAGAGAAAAGAACCUACUUAUAUUGCAAUGGCAUCCAGUUCACCUGAAUUCCCUCACAACAACUACGCAACAAAGAAGACCAUCACGCAGGGUCUGUUGGACAUCGCCCUGCUCACAGCCAACGCCAGCCAAUUGAAGUUCGUGCUUGAGGCCGGAGAGUCUCACCCCUACUACGUUCUGCUUGUCACAUUGUUGGCGGUCUCCAUAGCUCUGCAGUUGCUAAGAGGAUGUAUGAAUGUUGUCCUGGGUUCGCUCUACAACAUUAGCGAAGAGGGCCAUCAGACAGCCGCUUCCAUACUGAACAACAUCGUGCUAGCUCUUGGAGCCCUGUCGACUGUGGUCAACGCCAUCAUAUCAUCCUUCGACAUGAGCGAAAGUGUAGUCGGAUAGUUGGAAAAUUUAUUAAUUAGCUCCCUUCGAUAUUAUACAGACAUCCGGUGACUUAAUGUCAUCACUUAAAAUUAUUUCCAGUCAGAAAUCCCAUAUAAACAUAUGUCAGAUUCUAAACGGUUAAGGAGAUACGGAUGUAUGAAAUUCAAGGCGAUAUGAGACUGUCGUAGAACAUCAGAGUCAUCUGUGUCCUGUAACAGCGAAAAAUCGUUGAUGUUCCGCUCUUCAAUUUAGUUUGCUUUUAUACUCCAAGCUUUUCACUGAAAUCUAUAGAAGCGAGGUCCGGCGACAGUAGAGGCCAACUCUGCGGACACCACGACCAAUCCAAAGAUCAGCGAACAGCUGACUCUAGUACGACAUCAUGUGUCAACCGAAACGCGGGGUGACCCGUCACACUGGAAGCACAUCUGUGAUGGUGUUUUGUGUCGUUCAAACCAUCUUUGAUUUAUAUAUAUAAAGCCGUAACCGUUGAGAAUCGAACUCACGUUCAUGACAUUUCUGACUGGGAAUGACUUCGUAAAUAAGAUCCUGAAGUCACCGAACAUUUUGUAUAUAUCUUCGACAGGACUACAUUUCUCACCUCCCAACGCUCUGCAAAAUGCGUUUACAGAGAAAAGAAACAAUGCAUCCAACUUUAGUGUUCAUGUAGUUCACUGAAAAACCCGACGUAGGGUAGAAAUGAUUUUGUCUAAAUAUGACGCCACAGGGCGUCGGUACUUCAGAAGUGAGGAAUCAGAAUUACAAUCAAAUCGACUGAAUUCCCGGUACCUGUGGAUGGAAAGGUGAUGUGUGGGCCCCAAAAGACUUACAGGACAGUGUGAUGAAACCAACUUGUGUUUUAUAUUGAUGGAAUUACAUAUACAUAAUAGGUUAAAAAUAUUUAUGAUUAUGCAGUUAUAAAGUCUACAUCAUUUAUAAAUUUAUAAAAAAAAAUAGGUGGUUUAAAGUGAAAUUUAAAAAGCAGAUCACUGAUCUUCAAUGAAA